UGACGUUCCACACCAACACAAACUAAAAGACUGAGUAGGGAUGCGAUAUCGCAGGUUAGGAAGUUUUAUGUAUUUCCUGCGGGAUUGGCUAGAAUGUUUAUUAUGCAGUGCCAUCUAAUGGUGAUUCAUUUAUAACCAAUAAGUAAACGUUCUUUGCAACGUUUUUUGUAAUACAAACUUUAAAAACUUAACAAUGAAUCGAACUUGUGUGGUUUGCAAAGCGAUUGACGCUAAUUACAAAUGCCCAAAUUGCUUAGUUCAUUACUGUUCUGUAUCAUGCUGCAAUCAACACAAAAUGGAUAAAUGUGUGAAAGUGGUCAAGAAAAUAGAAUCAUCAGAUUGUCUUAAAUCUCAAGAGUCUCAAGAUCUUCAAGAAAAUAAAUCUCAUUCUACUGACAAUGGGUUAUAUCCUACGAAAGAUACAAUUGAAUUAAGUAAACUACAUUAUUUAAACAGCAGUGAUAAAUUAAAAGACAUUUUAUCAAACAAACAUUUGAGGACCUUACUGGAAAGUGUAAAUGAUGCAGAAAAUGCUGAAGUGGCAAUGGCUAGUGCAAUGCAAGAACCUAUUUUUGUUGAAUUUGCUAAUGCUUGUUUAGCAGCUUUAGAACAGUAAUACUAAGCUAGCAUUCAAAUAUAAGUUUUGAGUUUCAAAUAAAUAUGUUUUUGAUGAUUAGUUUGCAUGUACAUUGAUAAGUUUGACAAGCGGAUGUAUUGAAGAUAAAAUAUUUUGUUUGAUGGUUUGCAGUCAAGUUUAUAUUCUCUUUGGAUCAGUGUACAUUAACUGUUGACCAAGUUGAGAAGAAUAAGAAAGAAAGUAAAAUAAAAUUAAGUUGUCUCCAA